GACAGGAAUUUCUAAGUAAGCAAGUGGAUGUUCAUACAAAAACAAUGGUUAGAGUUAUCUUCAUUUUGAAAAUUAACCACGUCGUAAGAACACAAAUCCUUUUGUAGUAUAAGUCGGAACAGACAAUAUCGUAUUUAUCAUGUUCUACUUCAAAGGCAGAGAAGGUGAUUAGAAAUGGGAAUGUCGAGGAGUUUCCUUGUUGGUUUUAUAGGAGGUCUAGUUCUUGCAGUUCUGAUUCAAGCUCAAGACCAAUCAGGAUUCAUCAGCAUAGAUUGCGGAGCUCCUGCAGGUGUGAGCUAUACUGAGUUGACCAGGACAGGCAUAAAUUAUAUUUCAGAUGCAAAUUUCAUUGAUACUGGUGUGAGUAGGAAAAUAGUAUCUGAACUCAAAAGUGUCUAUCAACAACAGCUGUGGGAUGUCAGAAGUUUUCCAGAAGGAAAAAGGAACUGCUACAAAAUAAGCAUCACAAGAGGUUCUACUUAUCUCAUCCGGACUAGUUUUUUGUAUGGAAAUUAUGAUGGGCUUAAUACGGAACCGCAGUUUGAUAUUCAUCUCGGGGCUAACCGGUGGGCUACAGUGAUUAUUUACAAUGCAACCAUUUACUAUGCCAAGGAGAUCAUACAUGUACCUUCACAGGAUUAUGUACAAAUCUGUCUGGUUAACACUGGUCAUGGGAUACCAUUUAUAUCAGCUAUAGAAUUGAGGACUUUGAAAAAUGAUACAUACGUCACCCAAUUUGGAUCACUGGAAACUUACAACGAUUACGAGCGGUGCGAUUUAGGUUCAAACACAGGAGGCUACAGGUACAAGGAUGAUGUUUAUGAUCGUUUCUGGAAUACUUGUGAUUUUGACGAAGAUUGGACACCAGUGCUAAAUGCUUCGAUUCCAGCUGAUUCUUUAGAGCAGAACGAUUACGAACCCCCAGCUAUUGUCCUGAGCACCGCAGUUACACCAGCAAAUGUUAGUGUUCCGUUGGUAAUAAAAUGGGUGCCACAAGAUCCAACUGACCAAUUCUAUGUUUACAUGCACUUCUUGGAGAUUCAAGUGUUAGCAACGAACCAGACCAGACAAUUCAGCAUCACAGAAAAUGGAAAGACAUGGUUUCAAAACUUUUCUCCAGCGAACCUGGUUGUCGGCACUAUAUAUAGCACGAAAGCCGUCAGCGGGAAACAAAUCAAAUAUUCACUUGAGAUGACAAAGAAUUCAACCCUGCCUCCCAUCAUCAGUGCCAUUGAAAUUUACAGAGUAAUAGACUUCCAGCAAUCAGAUACAUUCCAAGGAGAUGUUGAUGCCAUUACAGCCAUCAAGUCAGUUUAUGGGGUGACAAGAGAUUGGCAAGGUGAUCCAUGCGCCCCUAUAGACUACUUGUGGGAUGGUCUGAAUUGUACUUAUCCCGGAAAUGACUCCCCAAGAAUCACAACUUUGAAUUUAUCUUCGAGUGGAUUGUCAGGAAAGAUAGACCCUUCAAUUUUAAAUCUCACCAUGCUGGAGAAUUUGGAUUUAUCAAAUAAUAGCUUAAAGGAUGAAGUUCCCGAUUUUCUGUCUCAAUUACAACACUUGAAGAUCCUGAACUUGGAGAAGAAUAACCUCUCCGGUUCAAUUCCCUCAACACUAGUUGAAAAAUCUAAGGAAGGUUCCCUAGCACUAAGUGUGGGCCAAAAUCCAUAUCUAUGUGAAUCUGGUCAAUGUAACCAGAAGGAAAAAGAAAAAGAAAAGGGAAAGGACGAGAAGAGCAUUGUUACACCCGUAGUAGCAUCAGUUGGUGGGGCUGUGAUCCUUCUGGUGGUCUUAGUAGCUAUAUUGUGGACCCUGAAAAGGAGAAAAUCGAAAGCUCCGAUGGUAGAGAAGGAUCAAAGUCAGAUCUCAUUGCAAUACACAGAUCAAGAUGAUUCAUUCCUGCAAUCCAAAAAACAAAUAUAUUCAUACUCUGAUGUCCUUAAAAUCACCAACAAUUUCAAUGCAAUUCUCGGUAAAGGAGGAUUUGGAACAGUUUAUCUGGGCUAUAUUGAUGACACUCCAGUUGCAGUGAAAAUGCUUUCCCCAUCGUCUGUUCAUGGUUAUCAACAAUUUCAAGCAGAGGUUAAACUUCUAAUGAGAGUUCAUCACAAAUGUUUAACCUCCCUUGUUGGUUAUUGCAAUGAAGGAAACGAUAAGUGUCUCAUAUAUGAGUACAUGGCUAAUGGAAACUUACAAGAACAUCUCACUGGUAAACGCAGCAAAACAAAAUUCUUUACCUGGGAAGAAAGACUUCGUAUAGCAGUGGAUGCAGCUUUAGGAUUGGAGUAUCUGCAAAAUGGUUGCAAGCCACCUAUAAUCCACAGAGACGUAAAAUCUACAAACAUCUUGUUGAAUGAACACUUCCAAGCAAAAUUAUCUGAUUUUGGUCUAUCCAAAAUUAUCCCAACAGACGGGAGCACUCAUGUCUCAACCGUUGUUGCUGGUACUCCUGGUUAUCUGGACCCUGAGUACUACGUAACCAAUAGAUUAACAGAGAAGAGUGAUGUUUAUAGCUUUGGUGUUCUUCUUUUGGAGAUAAUCACAAGUCAACCAGUGAUAAUAAAUAAUAAUCAAGAAAAAACUCACAUAAGUCAAUGGGUUAGCUCCUUGGUUGUGAAAGGUAAUAUCAAGGCCAUUGUUGACUCAAGGUUAGAAGGAGACUAUGAUGGUAACUCAGUUUGGAAAGCGGUAGAAAUAGCAACAGCAUGUGUAUCUUCAAAUCCCAACACAAGGCCAAUCAUAAGUGUGAUAGUGACUGAACUGAAAGAGUCUUUAGCAAUGGAAUUAGCUCGAACUAAAUAUAGUGGUGCUGAUUCAAGAGAUUUAGUUAAACAGGUCACCAUGAAUCUGAUUACCGAAUUUAGUCCUCAGGCCAGGUAAACGCUUCCAUGUGCCCCGGUGUUUAGGAUUGUUGAUUGCAAUGGAGUGUGCAAAUAGAAGAAAAAUAAAUAAUGAGGAAUGAAUAUUAAUGUAUAACUAUGUAUCAUUGGUGUUUUUACUUUGCGUUCCGUAACUCUUCAUAUUUUAAAUAUAUAUAUAUAUAUAUAGUUUGUAACUUCACUUGCA